GGGAGGGUUGUGGUUGGCCGACGAGGAUGGCAGGACAGGAGCCGAAGCGGAAAGCUGCCGCGAUCCUGAUCUUGUCCAAGGUCAAGUUUCCGUCGAGCGAUGACUUGUACAGAGCCCAGGUCACGGCCACCAACGGGGCGCUGCCCAUCACAGUGUGGCUCGAGUCGCUGCGAACCCAUCAUCAAUGGGAGUGCGACGUAACAUGCUUUGACGAGCAUAAACCUUUGACGGCGGGGUAUGCUCUGCCGUCCGAGAUGAUCUUGGCGGCGUUGAUGAGCGUGCUCACAAACUCGUCGAAACGCGCUCGGGGCGACAACGGAGUCGCCGACUCGGAGCACGUCGAAGUGGACCUGAAACCCGCGGCCGCCAGCACAGACCGGUUGUUGCUCCAGUUGGCUUUACAGGCGUUCGUUGGUCUGCGGGCCGAGUACACGUUUGAGAUGCUGCCGCGGCGACGGGAGCCAUUGGACGCGCUUCGGUCCCACGUCUAUGCUGUGCAGGAAGCGGUGGACGAGUUGAAGGCACAAGCGCACGAGUUCACGGAGGAAGUGCUUUCGAACGCCCAAGUUGACUGGCUGUCCGUCGCUACACGCACCACUACACGCACUGGCGCGGCUGUGCAGUGGCCGCUGCACGCCCGCGUUCCCGACCACUGGGUGGGCUUUGUGGACGAAGAGUGCACGACCUUGACGCUGAAGCGCAGUGGUUUGUACCACAUUCAAGUGUCGGGACCGUGCUCGUCGUUCGCGAGCGAGCUCGUGCUAUCCGUCGACGACGUCCGCGUCGCUGUGGCGCAGGCGAUCAAGCAAGAUGGCGCUACAGACGACCGCAAGGCCAGAACCCGCCUGCAUCUUUCCCACAUCCUGUCCCUCGAUGCACAUGCCCGAUUUCGGAUACACGUGGCGUCCGGCGCGACGUGCCACCAUUCCAAGUGCGCUGCUGCCAUGUGCAAAAAGGUCAAAUUUGGAGGAGUCGGCGGAGGGCGUGCCGAGCUCUACGUGCAUGUCCUUGGUUUCACCGACACUAGCGGCGCCACGGCCACCGAUUGUGAAUGCUAGCACGCGUCAACAGGACCUCCCAAACAAUUCUUACGGUGACCUAGGACGCAUGCAUCGGGCCAGACACUGCAAAGUCGCGCACAUCCACUCAAGCCGUUCUGCCUUGCUUGUGCAAACAACAUGCCUCCUCCAAACAAUCCAUGCAAACACGGG